AAAUUUAUGUUGGCGGGCGAGAGGUGGUGUCCACAGUGUACAGACGGAUUUUGCAAAUAUUUAAGAAUCUACAUUGUUGCAAGAGAAGCCACAAAGCACCAAGUUGAUGAUGUCCCAGUUCUCUGCAGGGAAGAACCCUCCCUGGGCACGACCAACUGAGUUCAUCAAUGUGUCAGGGGCAGGAGGGUUGGGUGGUCCUAACCUAGGUCAAGCUCAGGUCCCUGGGGGCCCUCUUCUCCCCCAUCAGCAAGGGGUGGCAGGCCCUGGACCCACGGUGUAUACUGUGGCUGGCUCUGCUCCAGGCAUGCCACAGCCACAGUUCGCUGCGGCCCAACAGUUAGCAGCUGUAGCCAUCCAACAGGCCCAGCAGGGUCAAAUACAACAUGGUAAUACCGUAAUACCUCAGCCAGGGAUAGCCAUCCCCACCUCAUUAGGGACAAAUGCUGUCCCUCCGGUGAGUUACCCCAACCUCAGGCCAAACCAACAGCAGCAGCAACAACAACAUCACCCCAAACAGAGGGUCUUCACAGGGACAAUCACGAAACUUCACGAAAACUUUGGCUUUGUGGAUGAGGAUGUAUUCUUCCAGAAAAGCUGUGUGAAAGGCUCCAUGCCUAAAGUAGGGGAGAGAGUUCUUGUGGAGGCGACCUACAAUCCAACUAUGCCAUUCAAAUGGAAUGCAGCCAGAAUCCAAGUCCUUCCAAAUCAGCCUUCAGUCAAUGCUCAGGGCCCUGCAGCAAAUAUUUUGAACUGCUGCUGGGAUCGCAGUGGUGUAGUUAAAAAGACGCUUGUCUAUCAACCACUAGGAUUAAUGAGGUGUGGCUUCAAACCUGUUCCUUGGAUAGGAUAUGAUCGUGACAAAGAUCGUGAUAGAGAGAGAGAACGAGACCGGGAGAGACGUGAUCGUUUACGCCAGGUUAGGAAGAGGUCACGUUCCCCCCCCUGGACGACGCGCCUCCCCGCCUGUCCGCCCUCGCAGUCCCUUACGCAGACGACCUGUACGCGCUGCACCAGAUAUGUGACCCAGAUCCCCAAACUUUCCUUUGACAUGCGAGAGGCAAAUGUCAUUAGUAUAAAAUCACGUUACAGCAAUAUGUACAUUCCCAGCGAUUUCUUCAACACCACGUUCACAUGGACAGAGGCCUUCCCCCAUGCCCGGUCUUUUCAGUUGGGGCAGUCUUGUAAUUUUCAUGUUAUGCAUAAAGAUGUAGAGCCUCUGUCAUCUGUGACUAGUCAGCCAGAACCAGCAGAUGUUGACCACAAGUUUAGUGCCAAGGUCAUGUUGUUGGCCAGCCCGUCUAUGGAGGAGCUGUUCCAUGCUUCUUGCUCCUUAGCUGAUGACCCCUCAGAAGUCCGAGAGAAUUUCCAGCACCCCACCCGCCUGAUACAAUUCCUGGUGGGUCUCAGGGGGAAGGGGGAGCCCAUGGCUAUCGGCGGGGCAUGGUCCCCUUCAGUGGACGGGCAGAAUCCCGAGGAGGAUCCGAGGGUGCUGAUCAACACAGCCAUUAGAACCACAAAAGCCUUGACAGGAAUUGACCUCAGUGGAUGCACCAAGUGGUAUCGGUUUGCAGAGAUCCGCUACCUGCGUGCUGAAGAGACCCACAAAGGCCGGGUGGUCCCUGCUCGUGUAGAAACUGUUGUGGUUUUCUUACCAGACGUUUGGAGUUGUACCCCAACACAGCUGGAGUGGGAGGCUCUGCAGGCUGCGUAUAAAAAGCACCUGCGCUCCAAGCUGAGCCCAGAAGAUGGAAUGGAGGCAGUCUCACAGGAGGAUGAAGAGAGCGAAGCUAUGGACGACUCAGAACAUACUGAUCCCACUCACUUUUCUGAGCUUGAUCCUCGCAGCAUGAAGCUGGUAGAUUUACGACGUGAACUGGAGUGUAGGAGCCUGAGUUCUCGAGGAUUGCGCUCACAGCUUAUCGCCCGUCUCACCAAGGCCAUGAAAGCUGAACAGGAACAAGAAAAAGAAGAGGAAGGAGCGAAAAAGGAAGAGGCUUUAGCGUUAGAAGAAUUAAAAAAGGAAGAGGCUAUGAAGGUUGAGGAAAGCAAGGAAACAGAGAAGAUGAGCAAAGAGGAUGAAGAUAAGAAGCGUAAAGAUGAGAAAGAGAAGGCUAUACAAGAGCGUCGGUACAUGCUGCCUGACAGCCCAGCCAUCAUUGUACACCCGUCCUCCACAGCCAAGGGAGGCAAGUUUGACUGUACGGUCAUGUCCCUCAGCCUGUUGCUGGACUACAGACAAGAGGACAACAAGGAACAUUCCUUUGAGGUGUCGCUGUUUGCGGAACUUUUCAAUGAGAUGUUGAUGAGGGACUUGGGUUACAGCAUAUACAGGGCUUUGUUAUCUGCCCCUGAGAAGAAAGAGGAAGACAAGAAGGAGAAGAAGAAAACUGAUGGUCAUGACAAGGAGAAGGAUAAAGAAAAGGAGAGAGAAAAGGAGAAAGAGAAGGAUAAGGACGGAAAAGAGGCAGUAAAGGAACCCAUCACCAAGAAAGCCAAAUUCGAAGAUGCAGAUGUAAAGAAGGAGAAAAGCAAAGAUAAGAAGGAUGAGAAAGCAAAGAACAGUGGCAAGGGAAGUAAAGAUACAGAGAGUGAGGAAGCCAACCCAGAGGGAGGUGAGAAAGAGGAGGAGGAAGAGGGUGGAGAAAAUGAGGAGAUGGAGGAGGAAGGAACAGAUGACGAGGUAGAAAAAGAGACAGAAGAUACUGAAGAUAAGAAACCUGAAAAGAAAUCAAAAGAUAAACACAGUAAAGAUAGUAAAGUGACGAGGAAGCGGUCCAAACGUACCACUGUGGACCCUCAUCUACUGCUGGCCUUUGUGUAUUUUGACCAGAAUCAUACAGGUUACUUGUUGGAUAAAGAUGUAGAAGACAUUCUACAUACCAUCGGUCUUCAGCUAUCCCGAGCACAGGUGCGUAAAUUGGUACAGAAGGUGUCUCUGAGAGACUCUAUCCACUACAGACAGCUGACAGACAAGAUUGUGGACAGCAAGGAGAGUGAGGAAACUGUCAAGACUACCAGUAAUGGGGAAAUGCUUGAGGGGAACCUUGGAUUCCUGCAAACCACAAGGAAGAAGACUUCCACAGAAGAGCCUGAGUGUAAAAAUAGUAUGGAUAAAAGUGCUACGGGUAAACAACAAUCUGGCAUGGUGAGCUACAAGGGGGCAAUGCUGGACAUACAGAGUAUCCUACAGCAGCUAGAGAAGAGCGAGAAGACACGGGCACAGAUGGAGGCACGGUGCCAGGCAGCAACCAAAGAGAUAGGUGAGCUGAAAGCCAAGUGUACAAAGUCUGAUGAAAAGAAAGAUAAACUGGAGAUUGAUCUGGAAAAGUUGCAGAGUGACCUGGACAAAAAGGCUGCCGAGAUGAGUGUACUGCAGACUAGCUGUGACAGCAUGCAGGUUGUCUUAACAAAGGUCAAGGACACCUUCCGAGACAUAUCAGAGGAAAUAGAAACCCUAGACACUGCUGUUACGCUACAACCUGUGAAGAAAGAGAAAAAGUGAAAGUUACUGGAUACUACGCAUACUUAAAACCAACUUGUGUGUUUGAAGUCAUUUGGGGUACCUGUACAAAGAAUCAACAUUUUUAGAGAGAAAGAAAAAAUAAUAAAAACGACGUAAUCGGCAGCAGAAAUAUUUGAUUUUGAUACGAGGCUGCCUCGUCGGCCAAUUUAUUUCUUCAUAGAAUUCCAAUGCUGUAUAUUUCUCUGGAUAUCAUGUUUGUUGGUAUGAAAGCACUAAAAUGAAGUUCAACGGUUUUUUCUUUUGAUACUGUGCAUCAAUGUCAAUGCAAAUAUAAAAUGUUGUUUCUUGAGGAAAGGUAUCUCGGGGAUAGUCAUAAGCUGGUCAUCCAUUCCACAAUGCAUUUCAAGCUUUCUCAUCGCGCAUUUACUACUGUUUUCAUCAGUUAUUUUCUGACGUGCAGUUUUCUGAAUGUGACACAAGAAUGAAUGAUGAAGGCAGAAAGAUUUAUUUUUCUAACAAAUAUCUGAAUUAUUCAGGGAUCGUCAAGGAGAAACCAGCUGUAUUUUGUUCUGAACACAGUUUUAUUGUUAUACUCAAAUCGGUGUAUGUUGGGGAAUUCAAGACCUUAUUUUAGUUCUAUUUUGACAUCAGAGUAUCAAUCAUACCAAAUAUGUGUUGGGAAGAGUGCGUGUGCCUUUUUUCUUGUAUUCCCAUAUAUGAAGAAAAACGUGGACUUAUGUCAAGAAUUGUAAGUCAUUAUGUAUCAUUUUUUGUGUUUUAAUUCCCUCGAUGCUAAUUAUACAGCAUAUUUUUAUCUAAACCUUUUGGGAGGAUUGAUGUGUCCCUUGAGGAUUGUCUUGGAGUAGGUUUUCUUUCCAAGAUAAGUGGAUAUCUUGUUCAACGUUUUGGUAUUAAAUAUUAUAACAUUUUA